GGUAGAGAAGGGGUAAGGGGGAGGGAGAAAAGAAGGAGGGGAUUGUUGGGGAGUUAGGAAAAAUGUAUAAAAAGAGGGGGAGAGAGUAAAAGAACAGAAAGUAAGAGAUUUCAAAAGCGAUAAAUGACUAUCGACUAUCAGAUUACUAUGUUGCUGUUCUUUUAAAUCCCACAUGAGGGUGGUGCCUGUAACCACUUCCACUGAUGUGAUUUCUAAAAAGAUGCCAUGUCCACCCACAGGGGUCCUCCCCCUUCCCUCAUAAUCCUCACACUGGCCCUUCUCAAUGACUACUCCUCCUUCGCUGCACCCUCUGACGUCUCAGGGACCAACCACACAGCCACCCUUCCUCUAAGGCCACACAGACGCAUGUACGAAAUGUUGGAGCUCUACUCAAAUGAUGACUACGACCUGAAUUGGGACAUCACUCCACCCCCGCUUACUCCCUCACGGGGCACCGAUCCUCAGUCCUGUGACUACAACCCCUGCCAGGAGCUACAGACCCCCUGUGCCCAGCUGGCAGCCUCCAGCGGCUGCCUGUGUCCAGGGGUGAGUGGGCCCCACGUGGCCCCAGAGCCUCCAGACCUUAAGAGACUGUCUAUGGAAGGGCCAGCGGUGGUUGUUCAGUGGUGUGCACCAUCGUCUGUUGUGACCCGUUAUGAGGUGGUGGUGGGUACCCUGGAGCCCCUGGUGUUUGGGAAGGACCAGAGGAGUGGUGUUGUGGGGAAGGUGGGGCAGGGGGUGGAGGUGUGUGUGGUGGCGGUGAAUGACGCAGGAGUCAGCGAGCGUCAGAGGCGGUCCUGUACGAUGUACGAGCCCCCUGGGGACAGCAGUCUGGCCCUCAAAGCUGGGCUGAUCGGAGGGGGCCUGGGGCUCCUGCUGCUCCUCUCACUGGCUGUCCUGCUUUGGAGGCACAGGGCUCGGAGAAAAGCAGAUGCCAGGAUCACCCAGGCCACGGAGGAAACACUAUGAAAGGACUGAGGGAAGGCUAUGGAAGAGGCUAACUCAAGAGUGGCUGUCCAGAACUGAGGCAUAUUUUACCAUAAGAGACUGAUUACGUUGUCUGUCUGUCUGUCUGUCUGUCUGUCUGUCUGUCUGUCUGUGUGUCUGUGUGUGUGUGUGUGUGUGUGUAUAUACACACGUACUGAACAGGAUGCUGAAUAGGCCUGUGCUCACCGAAAGGCAGGAGGCACUCAGUCAGUCAGGUGACAUGAAACAGCUUCCUGUCUUCUAUACACAUCUCAGUUCAAACAAUGACUCAUCUCCUUUUGCUGACUUCAACUGCAUGCACAGUCCAGAUCAGAUGCUAAAGCAAAUACAUUCAAAAUUAAACAAGAUGCAGGUAACAUAACAUCAAAUAAUAAAAAAAUAUAUUAAACAAUGA